AUGAUGAAGGAAAAAGAGAAAACCAUUGCUAUUGUGAAGGUUAUAGACACUUCAGAAUUAAAACUGUUAUCUGGAAGUAUUCUAGAUGUGUAUAGUGGAGAGCAAGGGAUUUCACCAGUAAAUAUGGGACUUACAAGUGCUUCCUGUCCAGGUAGUCUACCAUUGAAAAGAGAAACUUCAGAAGCUGAUAGUCGAGCUCUAGCAAAAGAGAGACAAAAAAAGGACAAUCAUAAUCUCAUUGAAAGAAGAAGAAGGUAUAAUAUUAAUUACCGAAUCAAGGAGCUUGGCACUCUUAUUCCAAAGUCUAAUGACCCUGAUAUGCGCUGGAACAAAGGAACCAUUCUAAAAGCAUCAGUGGAGUACAUCAAGUGGCUACAAAAAGAACAACAGAGAGCCCGGGAGUUAGAACACAGACAGAAGAAAUUAGAGCAGGCUAACAGGAGGCUUCUACUUCGAAUUCAGGAACUAGAAAUACAAGCUCGUGCUCAUGGUCUGCCAACCCUGGCUUCACUUGGCACAGUUGACUUAGGUGAUCACGUCACCAAACAGACCCAUCUUGAGCAGAAUUCAGUAGACUGUUGCCAACAAUUGACUUUAUCUCAAGGGACAAGCCCUGAGCUCUGUGAUCAAGCCAUGUCCUUCUCUGAUCCUUUGUCACACUUCACAGAUUUAUCAUUUAGUGCUGCUUUGAAAGAGGAACAAAGAUUGGAUAACAUGCUCCUGGAUGACACAAUAUCUCCAUUUGGGACAGACCCUCUGCUAUCUGCCUCUUCCCCUGCAGUUUCCAAAGAGAGCAGUAGGAGAAGUAGCUUUAGCUCAGAUGAUGCUGAUGAGCUGUAA